AUGACUGGACAGCUUUCUGGUUUCACUACUCGGGUCAAAGAGGCCACUUCUGAACGCUGCUUAUUCCAGGAAAGAAGAGGGAGAGAGGAGAGGCUGGGCAUCCCCGUGAUCCAGGGCCAUUGGGAGAGAGUCAUUUUCAACAUUGUUAACUUCAGCAAAACUAAAAGUCUUUAUAGAGAUGGUAUGGCCCCUAUGGUGAAAUCUACCAGCAGACCAAAAUGGCAAAGACUGCCACCUAAAAAUGUUUACUACUACCGCUGCCCGGACCAUAGGAAGAAUUAUGUGAUGUCCUUUGCAUUUUGUUUUGACCGAGAAGAAGAUAUUUACCAGUUUGCUUACUGCUACCCAUAUACGUACACUCGCUUUCAGCAUUACCUUGACAGCCUACAAAAGAGAAACAUGGAUUACUUCUUCCGGGAGCAGCUUGGUCAGAGUGUGCAACAGCGGCACCUAGACCUCCUGACGAUAACCAGCCCUGACAACCUUCGGGAGGGGGCAGAGCAAAAGGUGGUAUUCAUCACAGGACGAGUCCACCCAGGGGAAACACCCUCUUCAUUUGUGUGUCAAGGGAUCAUUGACUUCCUCCUCAGCCAGCACCCUAUUGCUUGUGCCCUACGGGAACACCUGGUCUUCAAGAUUGCACCCAUGCUCAACCCUGAUGGCGUCUACCUGGGCAAUUACAGGUGCUCUCUGAUGGGGUUCGACCUGAACCGUCACUGGCUGGAUCCCUCUCCAUGGGCCCACCCCACCCUGCAUGGGGUGAAACAGCUCAUCAUUCAGAUGUACAACGACCCAAAAACAAGCCUGGAGUUUUAUAUUGACAUCCACGCCCACUCCACCAUGAUGAAUGGCUUCAUGUAUGGCAACAUCUUUGAAGAUGAGGAGCGGUUCCAGAGGCAGGCCGUCUUCCCCAAGCUCCUCUGCCAGAAUGCCGAGGACUUCUCCUACUCCAGCACGUCCUUUAACCGAGAUGCCGUGAAAGCAGGAACUGGCCGUCGCUUCCUCGGAGGGCUGCUGGACCACACUUCGUAUUGCUACACCCUCGAGGUUUCCUUCUACAGCUACAUCAUCCGCGGCAGCACGGCCGCUGUGCCCUACACGGAGGAAGCCUAUAUGAAGCUGGGGCGGAACGUGGCGAGAACGUUUUUGGAUUAUUACCGGCUGAACCCCAUGGUCGAGAAAGUGACGAUCCCCACGCCAAGGCUGCGGAAAGAAACCCCCCCCUACAAGCGCCCACUCUUGCGGGGCCCAGCCAGCAGCCUCCCCAACAGCAAAGGGGGCAAGAAGAGCUCAGUGAGCCACAAAGACCCUUCAAACUCUUUUUAA